AUGGUUGGCAAUGGCAGAGGAGGCAACGUGAGCUUUGGGAUAGAGGGCAUGGCGGGCAUGCUAGGAAGUGGAGGCAGUGUGGCCAUGGGCAAGGAUGGCAAUGUGGGCUGUGGCAUAGUUGGAAGAGACGGCAAAGGAGGCAAUGUAGGGUUGGUUAGAGUUGGGAGUGAGGGCACAGUUGGCAGAGUUGGGAGUGAUGAAGGCAAAGGUGGCAACGUUGGUUUUGGCAGACUGGGUAUAACAGGUGUGGUUGGCACAGAGGGUGGGGCAGUGUCCAAAAGACGACGUGCCGCUAGGCUAACAUCAAUGCUCGAAAAUGACAAUAGAACGAAGAGAGAUAAGAUUAAGCAAUUGCAAGAUGCCAUUGCUGAAUGA